ACUCUCCGAGGAUUAAAGUUUGUCUUCUUUGCCCCAUCUUCCUCCCCACCUUCCUACAACUUGCAAGUCUCUUACAGUAAGAACCUUAUAUAAACUCAUCCCUUACAACAUUUUCCCAAGGAAAAUUGCUGAGAUUAUUUCCAUUUAAUCUACUUUGUAAGAGAAGUGAUGGAAUUUAGUGGUCUGCUGAAUACUUCACUGGAUCUUAAUGCCAAACCUCUCAGGAUUCUUGAUGAAGCCCUUCUACCAAAACAGGAGUCUGAGAGAAAAGUAGCUGCGAAACAAGAGAGAGGAGCUUUAGUCGAGGAGAUAAAUAGGGUGAGUGCUGAAAACAAGAAGCUGAAAGAAAUGUUGACUGUCAUGUCUGAGAAUUACACCCAGCUGAGAAACCAGCUGAUGGAGCACACAGCCAAGAAUCUUGGGGUGGAUGAUGAGAAGACAGCAUCCAGGAAGAGGAAAGCUGAGUGCAGCAACGGUACUAAUACCGACAGAACGAAUAACAUUAAUGGCGGCCGUUCCGAGAGCAGCUCUAGUGAUGAAGAUUUAUUCAAGAAACCUAAGGAAGAACAGAUCAAGGCCAAGAUUUCGCGGGUUCAUGUCCGGACUGAAGCAUCUGAUAGAACCCUUAUAGUGAAGGAUGGAUAUCAAUGGAGGAAAUAUGGGCAGAAGGUGACAAGGGACAACCCUUCUCCAAGAGCUUACUUCAAGUGUUCUUUUGCUCCAACUUGUCCGGUCAAAAAGAAGGUACAAAGAAGCAUAGAAGAUCAAUCAAUUGUAGUCGCAACCUAUGAGGGGGAGCACAACCAUCCUCACCCCUCAAAACUCGAGGCAAAUUCCAGCUCGAACCGGAGAUCACUGACACUUGGCAACAUGCCAUGCUCGACACCUGUCAGCUCAUGCGGGCCGACAAUCACUCUUGAUCUCACUAAACGAAAGCCAAGUCCUGAAGGAAUGAGAUGUUCGAAUGAUAAAGUUGAGGCCUCACAACUGCAACAGUAUCUUGUGGAACAGAUGGCGUCUAACUUAACCAACGAUCCCAGUUUCAAAGCAGCCUUGGCAGCUGCUGUUUCGGGGAAGUUUCUUCAGCAGAAAUAAUCAGACAGAGAGAGAGGUCAAAUGGAGGCCGAUGUACAUUUGUGUUGCUUAGGGUGUGUUUGGAAGGUCGAAGUGAAGCAGUUGGUGCAUGUU